ACUUGGCACCUGCUGUACGCAGACGGAACAAGGUCUGGAAAAUUGAGGAGCGCGGGACGCUUAAUGACAUAAACUGCCGCGCUGACGUCUCUCUUUUUUUUUCUUAGAAGACAGAGAGCCAGGGGACUUUUAACUUAUGUUGCCGAAGAGAAGAAGUAAGACUUAAUUCCAGCCAUGUCAGCUAAUGGGAGCUCAGAGUCCGGCUGCAGGUCAGAGGUCAGACCCACCAAUAACACCUGUUUCCAGAAGGAACUGUCUAUCACUGCAUCUGUAAUCUCGAUGACUGUUGGCAUUUUCUCCAACAGCCUUGCUCUGUUCAUCCUACUUAAAUCCUACAGUGGUGUCCGUAUCAAGUCCAGGGCCUCCUUCCUGCUAUUUGCCAGCAGCCUGGUGAUCACAGAUCUGCUGGGUCACCUCAUUAACGGAUCCCUGGUGAUUUUUGUCUAUAGUGCCGAAAAGAAAUGGGAAACUUUUGAUCCUUAUCAAAUCAUAUGCAGCAUCUUUGGGGCAUGUAUGGUGUUUUUUGGCUUGAGCCCCUUGUUCCUGGGAAGUGCCAUGGCUGUGGAGCGCUGUAUUGGAGUCACCAGGCCUAUCUUCCACUCCACAGUGUUGACUUCGCACCACAUGAAAAGGCUGCUUGGGCUCACCUGGCUGCUUGCUGCCCUGGUUGCUGUGCUGCCCGUAAUGCUGUCGAGGCCCUACAAGGUUCAAAGUUCCAGGAGCUGGUGCUUUUUCCAUAUAGAGGAGACCAAAGACUGGCUGGAUCUGCUCCUGCCACUGUUCUUUUCAUUGCUGGGGCUCCUGGCGCUGCUGCUCUCCAUUGUCUGCAACACGCUAACAAGCUGUGUUCUAAUACAGGCCAAACUGCGCCGCAAGCAUCACUGCAGAAGCACACCUUAUCACAUAGAGAUGAUCUGCCAGCUCUUGGCUAUCAUGCUGGUGUCCUGCAUAUGCUGGGGCCCAUUACUGAUCCAUGUCACCAUUCUGAGUACUAGAGCCACAGACGAGUCUCCGUCUUUUAGCCUGCUGACUAUACGUCUGGCUACGUGGAACCAGAUCCUGGACCCGUGGGUCUACAUCCUCUUGAGGAAGGCUGUCCUGAGGAAAAUCUUCAUGCUGCUUCAGGGCUGUUGCGGCUCAAAAUUUAACACCCUGCACCGGUGGCAGCGCAGUAUGCUCCACAGCUCAGUGGAGACCAGCAGCUCCAGUGCUGACCCGCCUGACUGCCGCUGCCUCAGUAAACUACCUGUGCGUGAUGUUACCAUCAAAUCAAUCACCUGAGCCCUGUCCCGAGUCUUUAACUUGAGAACUCGAAGGUACUGAAAAACAAAAGGAAAUAAAGUCUUUUGGAAUAUUUAAAGGACACCCAGAGCGCUCAUCCUUGAACAAGGCCGAUGUCCGUUUUCCAGUUUUAAAUUGAUCCAGAUCGAGAACAGAAAUUCAUUGGAUUCUUCCUUUGCAUGUGAUCUUCCUCUUUGUAGGGUUUUGUGAAAUUGUGGUUUGGUAGUUUCAACGUAAUCUUACAGACACACUGACAGAAAAGCUACCAACCACACAAUUACACAAACUACACCAUUUUCUUGUAACAUUUGCAAAACGACCACCAUAACUUGUCAGUAUUGUUGUGUAUUAUGGGAUUGACUGUUUGCUCUAAACUUUUAGCUCUGCUUUCUGCAACAAAAUCUGUCUCAAACUGUCACAAGGUUCAGAAUAAAUAACAGUCACUGUUAAGUUGUAGACGUUGUUUUAUUCAUUCUGCCUUUGCAGCUCCAGCCUGUAGACUUGCACUAAUAUUUAUUGAUUGUGUUUGAGUCUUCUUUGACCUUACGUGUGAAUUGUUAAUAUGAUAAGGAUUCCAAUAUAAUGAUUUAAUCAUUUAGCUUACAUGGAUAUGCAUGACAUUUUCUUAUUUCUCUGGAUUCUAGGUGGAGCUGAACACAACAGAGUGUGCAGAAAAAUGUAAUAGACAGAUAGCCAAACAUCUCCACAUUGGUCUUGUCUAUUCCAGAUGUCGUGCUUUGUUCAUGCUGCUGCCAUGCUCUUUUUUUUUUGAGAGAAGAGGCUUCUUCCUGGCAACCCUGGUGUCUUACUUACCCAUGGAAGCAGUAAGGGUGUACUUAGAUUUUCAAAGGACUGUAUAGAGUCCUGUGAAAUCUUUCUUUUUCAUAGGACUGUAUUAAUUGGUACAAGUGUUUUGUAUUGAAAGGCUAGUUGAUGUUUAAAACAAGCUUCUCCCUUUCCCCCCCCCCAGCACAGCAGAAAACUGUCUUGCUGAUUAAAGAAGGAUUACAUUUGUCUAGUUGAGUGUGUGGAAUUUCAGCUUUUUU